UUAUUCUGUAACAAGUCAUCCCAAAGCCUGUUCACGCAAGCGCUUUGUCCCACCCAAGGUCUGAUGUCUCCGAUGAGUCUCCUGCCCAGCACUUCCCUCUGAAGAAGAGGAGGAAGAGAAGGCCUGCUCUCUCUGGGACCCAGUGACCGCAUCGCAUCAGGAACCCUGAAUGUCCACGGCACGCUUCGUCAACAUGGAGUUCUGAGGUCCAUGUGGCUCCUUGCAGCGCACCAGGUGCUAAGGAAAAUGCAGAGACGCCACAGUAGCAACACGGACAACAUUCCACCUGAAAGAAGUCGCAGCCAGGCACUCAGCCCUGAGGCCAGUGUGGAUGAAGGUGGUGUAUUUGAGAGCCUGAAGGCAGAGCCGGCCUCCCCUCCUACCCUCUUCUCAGGCCUGGCAGGUGGCCUGCCUGCCAGCCCCUUCCCAGCAGGCCUGGUGCUGGGCUCCACAGCCGGUGGCGGGGAUGUCUUCAUCCCUAUGCCGGCCACCAGGGAUGAGGCCGGUGGCCGCAGCACCGAAGGAAGCACCUACCACCACCGCCAGGCCCAUCACCACUUCCACCACAGUGCCCACCGCGGGGGCUCCCUGCUGCAGCACGUGGGUGGGGACCACCGCGGACACUCGGAGGAAGGGGUCGACGAGCAGCCCGGAACUCCGGCACCCGCUCUGUCUGAGCUGAAGGCUGUGAUCUGCUGGCUUCAGAAAGGACUGCCCUUUAUCCUCAUCCUGCUGGCCAAACUGUGUUUCCAGCACAAGCUGGGCAUUGCUGUGUGCAUCGGAAUGGCCAGCACCUUCGCCUACGCAAACUCCGCCCUCCGGGAGCAGGUGUCCUUGAAGGAGAAGAGAUCGGUUCUGGUCAUCUUGUGGAUUCUGGCCUUCCUGGCAGGGAACACACUUUAUGUUCUUUAUACCUUCAGCUCCCAGCAGCUCUACAGCAGCCUCAUAUUCCUGAAGCCCAACCUGGAGACGCUGGACUUUUUUGACCUGCUGUGGAUUGUGGGGAUCGCUGACUUUGUGCUGAAGUACAUCACCAUCGCCCUCAAGUGCCUCAUCGUGGCCCUGCCCAAGAUCAUCCUGGCUGUCAAAUCCAAGGGAAAGUUUUAUCUGGUCAUCGAGGAGCUGAGCCAGCUGUUCAGGUCGCUUGUUCCCAUCCAGCUGUGGUACAAGUACAUCAUGGGGGACGACUCCUCCAAUAGCUACUUCCUAGGAGGGGUCCUGAUCAUCCUCUACAGUCUCUGCAAGUCGUUCGACAUCUGCGGUCGCGUGGGCGGACUCAGGAAAGCACUGAAGCUCCUUUGCACCUCCCAGAAUUACGGGGUCCGAGCCACAGGGCAGCAGUGCACGGAGGCUGGCGCCGUCUGCGCCAUCUGCCAGGCUGAGUUCCGAGACCCCAUGAUUCUCCUGUGCCAGCACGUAUUCUGUGAAGAGUGCCUCUGCCUAUGGCUGGACAGGGAGCGCACCUGCCCGCUCUGCCGCUCCGUUGCCGUGGAUACCCUGCGUUGCUGGAAGGAUGGGGCCACGUCUGCACACUUGCAGGUGUACUAAGCUAAACACAAGUGUCUGGGGAGACGGGGAGGGCCCAGCACUGCUGAGCCCAGCCCUGAGGGCCCCUGGGAAAGAGCCUCCAGGACUUCCUCCUGCCUUCUACCACCUCUACCUGAUGGCCCCAGGGCCCCCACGCCAACACUUCCUCGCCACCCUGGUACAGUGUGUGCACCCUACCCCACUGGGAAGGGGAGCCCUCCUCACUCAGACUUGGCUUCGCCACAGGUAGGUGGUCAGUCCCCUGUAAGUGGAGAAAUUACCGAUUCACAAUCUCCCCUUAUUUAACCUGCUUCCAGCUACUGGUACUCAAUGCUGAAAACUGGUGUGAGCUGAGAGGGUACAGUCGGACCCAGGUCUGCACACAAGAGCCACUGGGAGAAUGUCCAACAUGUGAACACCAGGCUUCACCCACCUAGCUGACCUUACAGCAUACAGGCAGUGAGGUCGCAUGGUAGGAGCCUGGGAAAGACCGGACCUUGGUGAUUCCUUUUUUCCUGGGCUCUGCCUGGGACAGUCAGUCUCAGAAGGGUCAGCUCAGGUCCAGAAGUACACGCCACCUGCCUUCUGUCAUCUUCCGUCCUUCUCUUCUGCAUUGUCCCUCACUGACAGCUCAGGCCUGUGCAGAGCUCUCAUGGACAUGGCUGCCUCUCCCACCCCAGGAGCCUUCAGUACAUGUCGUAAGUGGCACAGGGCUCCGGAGCAAUCCAUUUCCCCUCCCUCUCUCUAGUGAGGUAAUUAGCUCAGAGUCUCUGAAAAGACUGCUUCACAUCCUUAACCAAACGCCUGAGCGGGACUCAGGGAGCAUCGGGAGCAGCUCGCAGGUGUGCUUCACCACAGCUUCUCCCCCGGGAAGCUCACUGAUUGGAAACCUGGGAUGAAAUAGCACAGGUGACCACACAGAAGCCUCUGGAAUUCUGCUGCCUCCACCAGCUCCCAACUCUGCCCUCUCAUGGUGGGCAUCGCACAGCAGGCCAGCCCAAGCCACAUUUCAGAAAGCUGCAAGGCCGGUGGGCAGGUUAGCAUACACUCCAUGGGUGGGACCGGGGGGUGGGGGGAGGGCGGUCCUUGGUGCCGGUCCCCCUCUCUCUGUAGAUUCAGGACUUCUGGGCAUCCCUGCUGGGACUUCUUCCUCUGCAUGGUCUCCCUGGCACUUUCUUGGUAGCAGUAACACAGCCUUUGCAGGGGACCAGGGCAUCCUUCAAGCUCUGUUACUAUGGCAAUGGCCAUGAUGUUAAGCAGUCCUGCUGUCUGGAUGUUCUAAGAGGGAAGGGAGGAUGACCCUUCUGUUCUGUCUGGUUUGUCGGGGUACCUAGGAGAGCAGUGGAACUGCCUGCAACUGCCUAGCAAGCGCUCUACCACUGAGCUAAAUCCCCAACCCCCUGCAACUGGUUUUUAUCAAAGACAUUGCUUUGCCUGAGACACUGUCAGCAUUGUGGAGGGGUUGGAGCUGCAGGGGGUGCACAGAAGUGUAGCAUGGGAUGAAUCAGAGCCAUUGGGGUUGGGCUUGGAAGCCUGAUUUCAAACCUUGUGAUAUCCCUAGACCCUGUGUCCGCCCCCACCCGCUCCGUGGGGACAUAAAACCUAGCUUGUUUACUUGCUGGGACCGAGAAAACUAGCAACAGGACUGAAGAUGUAGCUCGGUGGGUAGAGCACUGGGCCAGCAUGCCAGAAGCCCUGAGUUCCGUGGCCAGCACCACAUAAACUAAGCAUGGCGGCGCACACUUGAAUUGCCUGUUCUGGGUGGGGGAGGCAGGGGGAUCAGAAGGACAAGGUCUUUCCUUGGCUACAUAGCAAGUUACAGGGCAGCCCAGGCUCCACGAGACUCCUUUUUAAAAGGGGGAAACAGGUAAACCAACAGUGUGGGUUACUUGUUGCACCAAGGGUUUAAACCGCCCCCGCAUUACUUCUCUAACAUCAUGUAAAUAUAAACCACGCCCCUGCUAUACAAGGAGCAUCCCCGGGACAGUGAGAUGCUCUUCAGUUCCCGUCCUUCCAGGGAACACCCUAUCUGCGGGGCUCUUCAGGCAGAGCUCCCCAGGCACCAGGCUGUGGAAAAUGGACCCUGGAGAACACUCCCAGUUCACCUGCAGCACUACAUCGGUCAGGGGAGCAUCAGGGGUCAGGAUCUGGCUCCCGGUGUUUUGUGGAACACAGACUCAAAUCCCUGAGUCCACAAAGUCUUGUUUGUGGGUGAGAACCUGAGAAUCCUAAGUUGGCAGAGGCCAAUGAGAGGGCAAAGGUUAAGAGUCUUCGCCCUGAGCUCUUAAGAGAACCCAGGUCCAAUCCCAGCACUCACGCCAAGGGGUUCAGAACUCAGAACUCCAGCUCCAGGGACACAAACGUCAUCCAGAACCGCGAGGGAAGAAGAAAGGCCUGCUUUGGGCCCGAGCCUAACAGACCCAGCACCUUCCAAAGGGAACGACACAGGUACGGAGCCCUGGGACCGUCCCCCUGCUGAAGAGGAAGUGGGCGGCCAGCGGUCUGAGGUCUUCUGUGCUUUUGCUUUGGGACAUGUCUUUGGUGUCGCUGAGAACCUUCUGCCAAUAAACCUCCCCUGUGGCUGUAA